AUGCCCACUUUGAUUUUUUUCCUUUUUACCCUGAAGCUUCCUAUGCUCCUGUGCAGAUUGUUCACCGAUGAGUGUUUUGUUUCUUCUGCAGACAGUGUAUACCAGGAUGGGGAUUUGGUGAUCAGUGCAUUCUUACCCCUUUAUACCUAUCAAAACUCCCAACACACUGAAGGGGCAGAGAGCAUAGACGUCAGUCCACGGAUUUCCUCACAAAACUACCAAUUUGUGAUGGCCUUAAUUUUUGCCAUAGAGGAGAUCAACAGAAACCCCAUUCUUUUACCUAACAUGACGCUUGGAUAUAAUAUUCACAGUGCUGGGUCCAUUGAAAGUGAGACAGUAAUAAAUUUACUCAAGUGGCUCACAGGGCAGAACAGACUCAUUCCAAACUAUACAUGCAAAACCAAGGAAAAAUCUGUGGCUGCAAUCACAGGAACAACAUGGGAAAUUUCUUCCUUAAUUGGAAUAUUUUUGGGUCUUUAUAAAUAUCCACAGCUGAGCAUUGGACCUUUUGAACCAAGUAUGAAUAACUCUGAGAAGUUUCCUUUUCUGUAUCAGAUGGCUGCCAAAGAAUCUUCUUUGGCCUUAGGCAUGGUCUCAUUGUUUGUCCAUUUCAAAUGGAAUUGGGUGGGGCUGGUCAUCUCAGAGGAUGAGAAUGGUGUUAACUUUGUCACAGACUUGAUUCCACAAAUGGAAAGAAACACAGUCUGUGUAGCCUUCAUGGAAUUUAUCCCAGUUACUCACAUGAUGGACCUGGAUAACGCUUAUGAAUACCCUAUUCGGAUUAUGAGAUACCCAGCCAAAGUUGUUAUCGUGUACGCUAACACUGACUCUUCCUUAGGUGUGCUGUUUAGAAGAUGGGAAUAUAUACUUCCAUGGAGAAUCUGGGUUACCACUUCACAGUGGGAAGUCAUCACUUCUAUGAGACAUUUAAUUCUUGACUCAUUCCAUGGAACUCUCAUCUUUUCACAAUGCCAGGGUGAUAUUUCUACUUUUAAAGAGUUUGUAAAGACAGUGAGACCUUCCAAAUACCCAGAUGACAUUUUUCUUGCAAGACUGUGGGAGAUUUACUUUGAUUGUGCAAUAUCUUAUGCUACCUGUAAAUCAUUAAAAAAUUGUUCAUCUAGAGGUAACUUGGGAUUGUUACCUUGGUACCACUUUGACAUAGCUGUAAGUACUGGCAGUUACCACGUAUACAAUGCUGUAUAUGCUGUGGCCCACACCAUGCACAAGAUGCUUACACAAAAAGGAGACCUACAAGGAAUGAAAAACGGAGGCAGCAUGGAUUUUCCCCCCUUGAAGCUGAACUCCCUGCUGAAGAACAUCAAAUUCAUGAAUCCUGGUGGAGAUCCGAUAUCUUUGAAUCCUUCAGAGAAAUUGCACAUAGAUUAUGACAUUCUGAACUUCUGGGAUUUUCCACAAGGUCUUACAUAUAAAGUGAAAGUAGGAACAUUUUCUCCAUAUUUUCCACCUGGUCAACAAUUGUCGAUUUCUGAGGACAAGAUAGAGUGGAGUAUAGGAGUGGAGCAACAGAUUCCUGUCUCUGUAUGCAGUGAAAGUUGUAGUCCUGGAUUCAGAAAAUCUCUUCAGGAAGAGAAAGCUGCUUGCUGUUUUGAUUGUGUCCCAUGUCCAGAAAAUGAAAUUUCCAAUGGAACAGGCAAAUAUAUUGAUCAGUGUGUGAAAUGUACAGAGGACCAGUAUGCCAACACAGAUCGGACUCUCUGCAUCCAAAAAGCUGUAACAUUUCUGGCUUUUGAAAACCCCUUGGGGAUGACACUCGCCAGCAUGGCCCUAUGCUUUUCUAUCCUCACCUCAUUUGUCCUGGGGAUUUUUGUAAAGCACCAAAACACUCCUGUGGUGAAGGCAAAUAACAGUACUCUCAGCUACAUCUUGCUCAUCUCCCUCACCUUCUGCUUUCUUUGCUCAUUUCUAUUCAUUGGUCAGCCCAAUGCAGUCACCUGCAUCCUGCAGCAGACCACAUUUGGAGUUGUUUUCACAGUGGCUGUUUCUACUGUCUUGGCAAAAACCACUACAGUCAUCCUGGCCUUCAAGAGCACAGCACCAGGAAGAAGGUUGAGGUGGUUGCUUAUAUCAGGAGCACCGAAAUUCAUCAUUCCCAUCUGUACACUAAUACAAAUUGUCCUCUGUGGAGUCUGGCUGGGAAUAUCUCCUCCAUUUGUGGAUAGAGAUGCACACUCUGAACAUGGUCAUAUCAUUAUUAUGUGCAACAAGGGCUCAGUAACAGCCUUCUACUGUGUGCUGGGAUACCUUGGAGCUCUGUCCCUAGUGAGCUUCACAGUAGCUUUUAUGGCCAGGAACCUGCCUGACACCUUCAAUGAAGCCAAGUUCUUGACCUUCAGCAUGCUGGUGUUCCUCAGUGUUUGGAUCACAUUUCUCCCUGUCUACCACAGUACUAAAGGAAAGAUCAUGGUGGCUGUAGAAGUCUUCUCCAUCUUGGCCUCCAGCACAGGUCUUCUAGGUUGUAUCUUUAUCCCCAAAUGUUAUAUUAUUCUUGCAAGACCUGACAUGAACUCAUCGAAAUGCCAACGAAAUAGAGUUCAGUGGAAAUAA